AGGAGACUUGGCCUCCGCAGCUCCUCUCCUCCCUCCUACGGCUGCUGGCUUCCGGGGUGCAAGUGAAGCGAGAUUCCUCGCGGUCGUCCGCGGAGGCUGCCGUGCCGGGUCCAGGCCCCUUUAAGCGCAGGCCCCGCCCCAGUCGCCGCCGCCCCGCCCCGCAGAGCUCGCUCCGCCGUCGCCAUCAUGAUCUGCUUGGUGCUGACCAUCUUCGCCAACCUCUUCCCCGCGGCCUGCACCGGCGCACACGAGCGCACCUUCCUGGCCGUGAAGCCGGACGGCGUGCAGCGGCGGCUGGUGGGCGAGAUCGUGCGGCGCUUCGAGAGGAAGGGCUUUAAACUGGUGGCGCUGAAGCUGGUGCAGGCCUCCGAGGAGCUGCUGCGCGAACACUACGCGGAGCUGCGCGAGCGCCCGUUCUACGGCCGCCUGGUUAAGUACAUGGCCUCCGGGCCGGUGGUGGCCAUGGUAUGGCAGGGGCUGGACGUGGUGCGCGCCUCGCGGGCGCUCAUCGGGGCGACGAACCCGGCCGACGCCCAGCCCGGCACCAUCCGCGGGGAUUUCUGCAUUGAGGUUGGCAAGAACCUCAUUCACGGCAGCGACUCAGUGGAGAGUGCCCGCCGAGAGAUCGCUCUCUGGUUCCGCGCAGAGGAGCUCCUGUGCUGGGAGGACAGUGCCGGGCACUGGCUGUAUGAGUAGUCCGGUGGGUGCGCGUCGCAGAGGCUCUGCGGCACCAGCCUCCUCCAGGGCCCAGGCUUUCAGACCCGCCCUGCAGCACUUUGAACGUCCCUUCUGAUGAGGUGCUGAACAUGUCAGGACGUUGCAUCGAGGGUGGCAUGGGACCCCCCCAAUCCCUGGCGUACAGGGCUUACUGCCCGAGACGAGCUGCUCCAGGCAAGCCUGCGCGGCUCACUUGGAAACGUGCCAGGACACUGUCCUGGUGCCCAGCCCAAAGUGGUCCAACAUUUCUUUGUAUAAUAAAGUCCUAGUUUUCGUGUGGGUUUGGUUCCGGAACAGGCA